CAAAAGCCGCGCAGAAAAAAUGGCAAAAUUUUCGGAGUAUAUUAGUGAGAAAACUAAAGCAAAUUCAGAUGGGCGAAUCCGUCCAACAGUAUUACUUAUACGAUCACAUGAAAUAUAUAAUACCAUAUUUGAAGAAAACAUAUGAGCCUGGAAUAUUGAAGAGAACGGUGAGACAAGCGUUACGAAAAAUACAUGUGGAGCCAGCGGAAUAUGAGACUGGAUCAGAGCAUAGUACCGAAAAUAUGGAAAUCAUUGAAAACCUGACAGAGGACAGUCACGACCCAAUUUAUUUCGAAAAUUAUGAACCUAACGAAAACAAUGCACUAAAAAAAAUGAACAUAGCAGUUAGCUCAGAAGACGAAGGCGAGCCAGAAUUCGACAAUGACGUGGUUUCUAAAUCUCAGCGCAGCGAACCCCGGGAUAAUAUUCUGGUUAACGAUAAAAUGACGAAUUUCAAACUAAUGGAUGCUGCUUCCACACCCGUGCCAUAUAAUAAGCAACGCGACCAAACAAUCUUUGGUGAAAGUCCGAAAAGACAAUUUGUAUUAAGCUUAUUGCCAGAUCUCAACGAAAUGACCAACUCACAAAUGCGUCAAUUUAAGUUCAAAGUUCUGCAAUUAAUCGAUGAAAUAUUAAAUGAAAACAAUAUCUAAUUUACUAAGUAUAAAAAUAAAAUGAAUAAAGUUUUCGUGUUUUCUUGUAGGCGUA